CUUUCUUUCACUUUUUUUUUAAUUCUAUAUUUUACAUAUAUCUUAUAUAAUGGACGGUUUCUUUCCUGACGAUAACAGUAGUAGCACUACCACUCAAACACACAACAAAAAAGCAAGAGGGGAACAAUCAUUACGUCCUGUCACUGUCAAACAAUUACAAAAUGUUCAAAUGCCACAAGAAGGUACCUUUUUUAUCGAUGAUGUCGAAAUAUCACAGAUCAGGUUGGUAGGUGUGAUUCGUGAUGUCAAUGAACAAUCUACCAAUGUCACAUAUCGAGUAGAAGAUGGCACUGGUAGUAUCGAAGUCAAGAAAUGGAUAGAUCAGAAUGAAUCAAGUGCAGAACUAUCACGUCGUUACGGAUUACUACCGGAUAAGUAUGUAAGGAUCAGUGCUCGACUCAAUAGUUUCAACAAUCGAAUCAGUUUAAUGGCAUUUGAUAUUCGAGCCAUCACCGAUUAUAAUGAAAUCUCAUAUCAUUUGUUGGAUGCAACUUACAAUCAUAUUCGAAACUCAAGCACAAAGGACUAUCCUAUGCAAGACGCUGCCCCUGUCAAUUCGUUAUUAGAAAAAGUGUUUACUGUAAUCCAGUCCUCUGGUACUGAUGAAGGUAUCCAUAUUGACCAAUUGAUUAGCUCUUUCCAUGGACAAUACCCUGAAGCCCAGAUCAGAGAAGCCGCUGAUAACUUGUAUCAAGAAGGUCGUGUGUACAAUACUGUAGAUGAUGAUCAUUUCAAAUGCACAGAUCAAUUUUAACUGUAGUUUAUUUUUUUUUAUCUUAUUUUUUUUUUUUUAUGCAAUUUCAAUCAAUAAAAAAG